CAGACGAAAGACAUAAAAAAAAGUUUCUGUCGCGCUUUUUUAUUUUGUGUCGUGUUACAACAACGUACAAUCAUCGAUUUAUUUCCAUCUAACGCGCUGUAGUUGUAGCAGUAACAAUAACUUCAGCUAUUUUUUUUUUCGAGAGCAGACGUCUGGUUACGUUUUGUGUCCCUGAAAAACCAGAAAAAAAAUCACUACCGCAAAGAAGAAGAUUUUUUCUCUCAAAAUUCGACGCUGACUUAAAUAUUUAUGAACAAAAAAGUGGCUUACCUCUGAAAAAAAAAAUUAAAAAAGAUAAAAAAAAAUAUUUAAAAAAGUGAUAAAGCACAAAAAAAUCGUAAUCGAACGAAAACUAAUAAAAAAAAUAAAUAAAAAAAAUUGAUAAGAAGUUCAAAGUCUCAAAUCUUAUCAGCAACGUUUUUUCAGCAACUAAACAAAAAAUUCAAAUAAAAAAAUUAGUCUUCGUGUUCAAGUUGAGACUGUUUGUCGUACGUGUUUUGCUGAAAAAUUUCAAAAUUUAUUUAUAGAACAUUCUGUUUUGACUUAAAAACAAAAAAAAAAUACACGAAACCGUAUAAAAUCCCCUAAAAAGUGAAAAAAAUCAUGGAUCGACAAAACACUGAAAAUAACGUUGGAGCCCGUUUAUACGCUCUUUUAUUCUUAAUUGCCGAAUGUUUGGUAUUUGUCCUUAAAUUCAACUACGAAAUUCUCGCAGCCAUUUACAGACUGAUUGUUCAACCCGAGUUGAAGGAUUUGAAAGGAGAAACAGUUUUGAUAACUGGCACAGGACAUGGAAUCGGAAAAGAAUUGGCUCGACUAUACAGUGCGCAAGGAUGUAAAGUUGUGUGUGUUGACAUCAACGAGAAAAAUAAUGCGGAGACAGUGAAGGAAUUAAAUUCGAGGAAAGCUAAAACUGCCUUUGCCUAUAAAUGUGACGUUUCAAGUCGCGAUGAAGUCCUUGCCAUGGCAGAAAAAAUUAAGAAGGAAGUCGGAGAUGUUACUGUUCUAGUCAAUAAUGCUGGCAUCAUGCCAACACAUCCCAUCGAGAAACAUACACCGCAAGAAAUCUCCAAAAUUAUGGAUAUUAAUGUCAUGGCGCAUUUCUGGUUACUUGAAGCAUUCCUCCCCUCGAUGUACGAGAAAAAACGCGGGCACAUUGUUGCCCUUGCCAGUAUCGCUGGCGUCGUUGGACUUACCAAUCUCGUUCCUUAUUGCGCCUCGAAAUUUGCUGUGCGUGGCUUGAUGGAAGCCCUCCAAACGGAAAUUCAAGACACGAGACCCGACUGUGAUAUCCAAUGCACAACAGUGUGUCCGUACAUGGUCGACACGGGACUCUGCAAGAAGCCAAAAGUGCGAUUCCCCUCGUUGUUGGGAUUAUUGCAACCGCACGAAGUGGCAGAACAAAUUGUCUUGGCCCACCGAAAGAACAUGAAAGAAUUGACAAUUCCGCGAUUCCUCAUGUAUUUGAAUCAUUUCUUGAGACCGUUGCCAUAUCGUUGCGCCGUUGUCUUCAAAGAAUUCAUGGACAGUGGAGUCGAAUCGGAUUUGUAGAAAAGAAAAAAAAUGUGAAAAAUGGACUUUUUUCUACUUACUCUGUCCUUUUGUCAUUUAAUAGUUUGUAGAUUAUUUUUUUGGGAACGAUUUUUAUUAAUUGAAUAAAUACUUAAGAUGAAUAAUAAUAAA